CUUGGAGGGGAAAAACCUCCUCGUCGUAGCCGGGCGCUUCCUGCGGGUCGCUGGAGACGCAGAAGGUGUGAGCGGAGCGUGAAGGAGACUCAGCAUGUUCCGCCUCGAGGGACUGGGGCCCAAGCUGGACCCGGAGGAGCUGAAGCGGAAAAUGCGGGAGGACGUUCUUUCCUCUGUCCGCAACUUUCUCAUCUACGUGGCGGUGCUGCGCGUCACUCCCUACAUAUUAAAGAAGCUGGACAGCAUAUGAGUAGUACCUCACGGAUGGCCUAUGUAUGGAAGACCAAGCUGGACUAUAGUUGCAAAUUUUGUCGAACUGGUUGAACCAUGUCUUACAGUGAUGAUUGUGAAGCUGGCGAAUACCAGAGAAGAAGAAUGUCUUUCCCCCUUCAGACUUCGGAGCACGCCUGUAUGUGUCAAAGUGAAGCUUCUUUGUGCUGAUAUCAUAUAAUGUUGGGGGGGGGGGGGAUGCUAAACAGAGUGCUUUGGAAUAGAGCUAUCUCUGAGCUGUCACACUGAUGCUGUUGUCACUUGACUGUCCUAAAUGUGUCCCAUGAAGACUUGUGUGACAUUUGAAUGGUUGAAAUAAAAUGGAUCAUGUGUUCUGAAA